GCCGACGGCAACCGCCGCCCCAUUUCCGCCCGGCCGGCCGCGCGGCAGGGCAGGGGAGCGGCGCGGAGAGCGCCCGGUCCUGCCUCCGCCCGCCCGCGCCGGGGGCCGGCCUUGCCUCGCCGGCGCCUUUUUCCCCGCAGCGCGGCGCCGCUCCGCCACUCGGGCCGGCACCGCAGGUGGGGCGGGAGGCCGGGCGCUGCAGCCGCGGAAGAUGGUGCCCUCGGCCGGACGGCUCGCCCUGCUCGCGCUGGGUGUCCUGCUGGCCGCGGGCCAGGCCCUGGAGAACAGCACGUCCGCCCUGAGCGCACGCCCGCCCGUGGCCGCCGCGGUGGUGUCCCACUUCAACGACUGCCCGGACUCCCACAGCCAGUUCUGCUUCCAUGGAACCUGCAGGUUUCUGGUGCAGGAGGACAAGCCCGCGUGCGUCUGCCACUCCGGGUACGUCGGGGCGCGCUGUGAGCACGCCGACCUCCUGGCCGUGGUGGCCGCCAGCCAGAAGAAGCAGGCCAUCACCGCCCUGGUGGUGGUCUCCAUCGUGGCCCUGGCCGUCCUCAUCAUCGCGUGUGUGCUGAUACACUGCUGCCAGGUCCGGAAGCACUGUGAGUGGUGCCAGGCCCUCCUGUGCCGGCACGAGAAGCCCAGCGCCCUGCUGAAGGGAAGGGCCGCCUGCUGCCACUCGGAGACAGCCGUCUGAGGAGCCGGGGCGUCUGGCCGGGUCACCGUGGCAGCCGAGGGGAGCGGCUUCUCCGGGACCAGCCGACAGACCUCACCACCCUGCCAGCCCCCCCGCGCAGCCUGUCUUCCGCGGGCCCCCGCUACUGUCGGGAGCUCUGAGCUUGGGGGCGUCGGGUGGGACCCAGACGAGACAUCGGGGGGCCACGGCGAUAGGACGGGUCCCAGCACAACCGGACGGGUGACCCGGCUGCGCCGUGUGCCCGGGCUGCAGGUGUCCUGCGGGUCACGGAGGCCUCCCCGUCCCUCGGCGGCGUGUUCCCGCCAGCCCCGGAGGGUGCCGGCCGGCCCCGAGGGCUUCCCCGCACCUGCCUCCGGGAGGAGAAGACGGGAAGGGGGCUGCUUGUCCCGUGACGACGGCAGGUGCAAGAGGAGCCCCCGCACCCCGGCGCCGAGGCCCCCCAGGCUGCCGCAGCCUGGAGACGACCCCUGGACCGUGGGGUCGGCGCGGGUCUCCCAAGUCGGCGUAAAGAGCCCCAACCCUUCUAGAAGCCCGCGUGCGCACCGCGGUGGCGCCCGUAGAGUUGGGGGCCGCUCGGGGCAGCUGAGGCUCCGGGACGGGCCCCGGGCGCGUGGUGGCGAGCGCAGGCCGGGCCGGGUGCACAGCGGGUCAGUGCCCCCAGGCAGCCCCACGGCUCACCGGUCCCCGCAGCCCAGCCAGGAGGCACCGGGAGAGCCCGGGGACGCGGUCGUACCAUGAAGGGGGCCGUCCUCCCCCGCGUCGUGCCCCGUCGACCUGUCGUUUUAUUUUUAAAAGGAAAAAUUUAACUUUUCUAUUUAUUUUCCAGCAUUAGGAGCAACAUCCCCUCGGUUUGUUUGGGUUUUUUUGUUUUUGGUUUUUGUUUUGCCCUUUCCAUUCAGGAUGCUGGUUUUAUUAACAAAAACUCUAACAAGUCACCUCCCCAAGGGGCGGGUCUCACUCCCCCCGCCCCAGAAGGCAAAACUGUCCUGGGGGCGUCGUGACCCGCGGGCCUGCCUGGGAAGCCCACCGGUUCCCUGCAGCCGAGCAGCGGGAUUUUCACUGAAAUCGGUCAUUUUCACUGAAAUCGGCAAACAGCGGCAGUGAGGCAACGCGGGAGGCCCUUGUGCGGCGGGACUCGACUCCCUGGUGUCUGGAGCGGAUGGUCUCCGUGUACAGGCGCGCCUGGCUCCCCACAUCCUGAAAGGGACCUUUAAAAUGUCAGGUUGGCUUAAAUCUUCCAUCGGGCGACCGUCCUCCGCGGACUCUCGUCCCCGGUCGGUCCGUUCCGCUGGACCAUCCCCAGGUCCUCCAGCCGAGGCGGGAGCGCCGGAGCUGCCCUAGGGCAGCAAGCGGCCGCCGGCGACCUUGGCGGGGAUGGGUGGGGGCUGCGGCCGCUGUGUGGACCCCCCCACGGCCCCCCCACAGCCCCCCAUGGCCCCCAGCCCUGUCCUCGGCCGAUCGAGUCCGACGGGAGAGCCCCGGACCCGACUCUCCUCAGUCUUUCCCAGAGCAGUUGAGGCCGCGGGGCUCUGCUGACCCACUUGGCCGGACCCCGACUCAGGCUUGGGGCGUCCAGUCCUCGCAGAGGCUGGGGAGGGGAGGACGGGAGCCUCUGGCUUCCCCGCGGGCCGUCGCCUUGAGUGGCUGCGCCUCGGUCCUGGGGCUGUGCCGUGGGCCAGGCCGUGGGCAGGGGGGGGCCCGCCGUGGCUCCCGGGGCGCUGCCCUGAGACCGGCAGGUGCAGGACGGUCCGCAGCAGAGGCCGGGUGAGGGCGGGCGGGGCUGAGCGCCCCAGAAGCCCUGUGCACCCCGGAAAGUGCAGGAGUCCGUGCCCUGCGGGGAGCCGGUGCUCCGGCGGCAGCUGGAUGGGUGCCCCCUUCCGGGGGGCGUCUUGGGACUGCGCCAACGGCUCCUGCAUCUGCACCACCUGAAGCCCGGGGUUCUGAUCAGGGCUCCCUUCCGGGGUGACCCAGCCACGGGGCGGGAGCGGGGCUGCUCCCUGCAUCUAUCUCGGGAAGAGAAAAGGGGAGAGGGUGCUUGGGACUCUCCCGUGGGGCCUGGCCUGGCCCCGCAGGACCCGCGGGCCUCCGGGUGAAGGGCACACGGCCGCCAGCCCUGGCCCCCGCAGGAGGGAGGGAUCGAGAGGCGCCGGGAGCCGGGCAGGUGCGGUCCCUGGGGACCAGUGCCCUCCGGGGCGGGGGAGCGCUGGCAUCUCCCGGGGCUCCCGGCCGGGUUGUCUCCAGAACCUGGGCCACCAGCCACCCCCCCCACAGCCCCGGGCAGUUCUGGCAGAAACGGACCGACAAGCUCCCCGCACAGCUCCCCACCCCCCUGCCCUGUGGCUCGGGCCGGGUCCUGAGCCCCUGCACCCGCUCAGCGGGGGACACGCAGGCCGCGGCGGGUGCCCCGGGCACGGGCGGACACAGACCUUUGGCCUUAACGCGGGGCCCAAGAGCCGCCCCAGCCGCGGUCCGCGGGGCUUCCCGAGGGAUCUCGUGGGGGACACACGCGGUCGGAGAAGCAGCGCCUCCCCCCACAGCGACCUCCCGAAGCAUUCGGCUUUUCAGUACCUUUAUCAUAACAAACCUGAUGCUUUUUUUUUUUUUAGAACGUGUUACUCUGACUUCUGUAUAUGUUGCACUGAGAAGGUUAAUAUUUAAUGUUUUAAUUUAUUUUGUGUGAUAAGUUAAUUUUGAUUUCUGUAAUGCGUUAAUGUGAUCAGCAGUUCUUUUCCUUAAUAUCUGAAUUACACCUAUUUAAAGACUGGUGA